CCGUUGAUGGCUGAUCAACAGUAGGUAAGUAGAUAAGUAUUCCGUGCAGUAUUCCGUAUUCGUUAGAAACUGACUUAUAUUCAUAUUUUGCAACUGCGUAUAAGAAGGAGGUGCAUCGCAUAAAAACAAACUUAGUUGCGUUUGAUUUUACACUAUGGGAGGGAAAACUUCGGAAACCGCUGCGCUACCAUCUCCCGUUAAGUCCGUCGUGGUCGAGCUGAUCCCGCCUUCGUUAGUCGAUGAAAAAGCGUCGGAGACAAAUAGCAUUGAACAGAUCAAACACCCGCUGGAAAACACCUGGACAGUCUGGUUCUACACGAAUACUAGCCAGAAAUGGAACGAAAACUUAGUGAACAUUACAUCUUUCGAUACUGUUGAAGAUUUUUGGUGUUUGUUCCAUCACAUGAAGUUGCCUUCUGAGCUUCAGCACGGCCAGGAAUAUUCGAUAUUCAAGGGGGGUGUGCGUCCCAUGUGGGAGGACGCCGCCAAUAAGAAGGGAGGCAGAUUACUCAUCCCCGUUGAUAGGAAAAAUUAUGAAGAGGUGAACAAGAUUUGGCUCGAUACGAUCCUGUUGAUGAUAGGCGAAAAUUUUAAUGAUUUGAAUCGCAUCAUAAGAGGAGUCGUAGUUAACAUUAGGCCUAAGACCGAUAGAACAAAAGUUGCGAGAGCAGACUACUUACCGGUGAGUAUGGCAGUGUGGUCGGAGCCAGCUGACACCUGUCGGAUGGGUGGCGACUCGUCCAGCUGUACGCAUGCUGGCACCUCAUGGUGCUCCAUAUCACCCGUGCCCAGCUGGCCUUCAUCGUUGCACCCUACUGUAUAUAUCUCGUUCGUAUCUGUCGAUCAUAAAUGGAUGAAUUAUUGAGUAGAAUCCAAGGUGGUGCACGGAACGUAAACAAAUAAGGAUACAUCGAGAAAGAAUAAGAUAAUUGAGGAAGACGUCAAGAGUGACGGGGGUAUGACUACAUUUAUAAAUACCUUACCUUAAAAUAAAUAUAUUCCAUAAAAAAUACCAGUAUUUGAUUUAUAAACCAUCUCUUCUUUGAGAAAUAGGACAUAUUGUCACAAACGCUCUCGAAACGGAACCGCGAAAGUGCUAGAGAUCGAAUUUGCCAGAGCACCGCGGGUCGCGAUAGAGGUCGAGUAAUGCGGCUCAUUCUAAAAUGAGCUUUAUGCAGUGCGGCGUAAGGGAGAAAGCGCAACGACAUCUGCACUUGUUUACAAGUUAUGCGCGUUACCUGCGUAGGUAUAAGUAGGUACUUCGUACUCGCGGGUGCUAGCUAAUUCUCAAUUUAACAGGUACUUUCUAGAAUGCGUCGAUCGGCGUAUAUAAGCGCGAUUGGCGCCGCGCAGAGACAGUUGAGUUUCAACAGCGAUUUCGGAGCGAAUCCAAAGGCGAUCAAAGUGCAACAAAAGUGUUCAAGUGCGAUAGUUUAGAUACUUGUAUAGUUCAUACAGUGUUUAGUGAGUGUUUUGUAAUUAACAUUGUGUGUUAAUUAUGUGAACUGUGUGGUGAAUAAAUAACUGUCAAGCGUGAACUGGCAUAUAAUUUCGAACCCCAUCCAGACACGUAACAAUAUAAAAUUUUAUCAAUAGGCCACGGAGAAAUAUAAACGUGCACUUAAUAGAAAACUACAGUGAAAUAUCAAGGCAUUUUGUAGCAUUGUGUUUCUGUUGGAGAGUAAGAUUCCACGGCUCUACGGGCUAGCAAGGUGAUAUAUUUACUGGGGCGGCAAAUUUCUACAUUAUAAAUAUAAUUUUCGUCAUCCCAACAUCAUUAUUAUCUGUAUAUACCAUAGGCUAUGGAAAAAGCGGCUAAUUACUGCGCUAUCCAACUCCUCAACGUUUCUGGAGUAGGAACUUAUGUGUUUCCAAUGUAAAAAUGCAAUUUGUAGCAUAAUUUGUACCUGUAACGAAAACAGUGUGCGCCCGGCCACACGCGACGAACAUGACGCGGUAAGGCUUUAGCCACUUGACGCAGCUGGGCCGAGUCACCUCCUCCUUGUGGCCGAGCCCGAGUUGGCCCCACGUGUUACCGCCGAACACGAAGACACGACCAUUCUCUGCGAACAUUUGCAGUAGGAACUACAUAAUCAUUUCAUAUCAUUGAAGUAAAUAUGUUGUACGUAGUAUGGGUAGUCAUGCUCUCUUAAAAGUUUUUUCGGUGGUGUCGUGUGAGGCGGGUCGUUACGUUCCCUGAAAUAUGGUUGAGCGAAGCGAUGGCUGGUUCAUGCGUCAUGCUCGUGAACGGGUGCUGCCAGCGGAGAUGAGUCUGUCAUAACUUCCUUGAUAUUGAAGAUGUUAAUGUUUAGUUAAACUUAAUAUAAAUAACACUAUUUGUUUUUAUAUGUACUGUAUCACACAGAAAUCAAAAUGCAGGUAAACAAUUAAUUGUACAUUUAUAAUGAUUAAAUGUAUGUAAUAAGGUGACUUUAUGAAUCAUCUCUGAAGUCAUUUUUGUACUUGACGACUCUAUAAAUAAUAAAUCAGAGAGAAAAAAACAGUCCUUGCUGUGUUUCUUCUCAGU